CCAAAAAGCAAGCAAAGCUCUCUUACAUCAAUCAAAAAGAAGUCUAACAAAUACUCUUUUAAGUCUCUAAGUCUCCUCUCUCUCUCUCUCCUCUUUUUUUUCUUCUUCUUCUUCGUCUUCUCCCCCUCCACCUCUUUCUCCUCCUUCAAUGUCUGAUGAAAACAAUGAUCCUUAUCACUAUAAUCCCUUUCACCAUGAUCACAUGGAGAUUGGUGGGACUACCUUCCCUUUCUUUCAAGAUCAUCCCUCCAUGUCUAACCAACCACGUCCUGCACAAAGUCUACAUGGUUUAGCUCCCUCUUCCAUGACCUUCACUGAUUUCUUACAUGGCUCUGUGGAUUAUAACUCCGUAUCAACGGUCUUCGACAUGUCUUGCUCACCAUCCGAGGCAAACUUUCCGGCUAAUGACGGCUCAAAAAAUAGGGUUGUGAGAGAUUCAGUUGGGAUUAGUGAAAAUAAUCCAUCAACGCCAAGUUCUUGGGUGUCUUCCUCCUCUUCCGAGGCUGUGGCUGAAGAAGAUUCUACAAAGAGUAAGAAAGAUCAGCAGCUGAAAGAGUGUGAAGAUGCAGAUGAGAAGUCCAAGAGAGUGAACAAACCAAAAAAGAAGGUGGAAAAAAAGAAAAGGGAGCCAAGGUUCGCGUUCAUGACUAAGAGCGACAUCGAUAAUCUGGAAGACGGAUAUAGAUGGAGAAAAUAUGGGCAGAAAGCAGUGAAGAAUAGCCCUUUUCCAAGGAGUUACUACCGAUGCACAACUCAGAACUGCAACGUCAAGAAACGUGUCGAAAGAUCAUUCCAAGAUCCAUCAACUGUGAUCACAACGUACGAAGGCCAGCAUAUCCAUCAUUCUCCGGCAACGCUUCGAGGCAAUGCUGCCGCGAUGUUGUCACCUUCUUACUUGGCAUCAACUGCAUUAGGGACCAACUUUCCUCAACAACUCCUCAAUCAGAUGCAUCCCACUGGUGACCAAGCUCAUCAAAGUUCUGUGUAUUAUCCCAAUUUCCAGCAGCAUGUGCAAUUUCAGGAUUAUGGCUUGUUACAAGAUGUUGUCCCUCCAUUCAUCCCCAAAGAGGAGCCUUGAGAGUGGUCUCUCUCUCUCUCUCUCUCUCAAUAUGAUGUAUUUAGUUACUGCAAAUAUGAGCGAAUACGGGGCUUACUUAGUUGAAUGCAUAUCUCUGAUUAUGGAUUAUUGCUAGAUAUUGUUCCUCCAUUCAUCCCCAAAGAGGAUCCUUCUCUCUAUCUCUCUCUCUAAUUUUGAUGUAUGUAGUUCUGCAUAUAUGAACCUAUGUGG